GGCAGCCCCGGGCAGCAAAAGAAGGGGUGCCCGCGCGGCGACGGCUGCAUUGCAGACACCGCUCAGGGUAGGGGAACCCCGGCGGCUGAAACGAUCUACUUGGAACCACGGGUGAACAAUGCCGUUAGAGCUGAGCUGCUGAACACUCGUGGACACUCCCCUGCUGCACGCUGGCCUUCAGCUGAGACAACAUGGAAGACUCCUACAAGGAUAGGACCUCACUGAUGAAGGGUGCCAAGGACAUUGCCAAAGAAGUGAAGAAGCAAACAGUGAAGAAGGUGAGCCAGGCAGUGGACCGGGCCCAGGAUGAAUACACCCAGCGGUCCUACAGUCGGUUCCAGGACGAAGACGAUGACGAUGAUUACUACCCACCCGGAGAACCCUACAGCGGGGAGGCCAACGAUGACGAGGGCUCCAGUGAGGCCACUGAGGGGCAUGAUGAAGAGGAUGAGAUCUAUGAAGGGGAGUACCAGGGCAUCCCCAGCAUGAACCAGGGGAAGGACAGCAUAGUGUCAGUGGGACAGCCCAAAGGAGAAGAGUACAAGGACCGCCGAGAGCUGGAGUCAGAGCGGAGGGCUGACGAGGAAGAGCUGGCCCAGCAGUAUGAGCUGAUCAUCCAGGAGUGUGGCCAUGGUCGUUUCCAGUGGGCCCUUUUCUUUGUCCUGGGCAUGGCUCUCAUGGCGGAUGGUGUGGAGGUGUUUGUGGUGGGCUUCGUGCUACCCAGUGCAGAGACAGACCUCUGCAUACCGAACUCAGGAUCCGGAUGGCUAGGCAGCAUAGUGUACCUCGGGAUGAUGGUGGGGGCGUUCUUCUGGGGAGGACUGGCAGACAAAGUGGGCAGGAAGCAGUCUCUCCUGAUUUGCAUGUCUGUCAACGGAUUCUUUGCCUUCCUUUCUUCAUUUGUCCAAGGCUAUGGCUUCUUUCUCCUCUGUCGUUUGCUUUCUGGAUUCGGGAUCGGAGGCGCCAUUCCUACUGUGUUCUCCUACUUCGCUGAAGUCCUAGCCCGGGAGAAGCGGGGUGAGCACCUCAGUUGGCUCUGCAUGUUCUGGAUGAUCGGUGGAAUCUACGCGUCAGCCAUGGCCUGGGCCAUCAUCCCACACUACGGGUGGAGCUUCAGCAUGGGCUCAGCCUACCAGUUCCACAGCUGGAGGGUCUUCGUCAUCGUCUGUGCCCUUCCGUGCGUCUCCUCUGUGGUGGCCCUCACCUUCAUGCCGGAAAGCCCUCGCUUCUUGCUGGAGGUGGGAAAACAUGAUGAAGCCUGGAUGAUUCUGAAGCUCAUUCACGAUACCAACAUGAGAGCCCGGGGCCAGCCAGAGAAGGUCUUCACGGUAAAUAAAAUCAAAACUCCCAAGCAAAUUGAUGAGCUGAUCGAGAUUGAGAGUGACACAGGAACUUGGUAUAGAAGGUGUUUUGUUCGGAUCCGCACGGAACUGUAUGGAAUUUGGUUGACUUUUAUGAGAUGCUUCAACUACCCAGUCAGGGAAAACACCAUAAAGCUUACGAUUGUUUGGUUCACCCUGUCUUUUGGGUACUAUGGACUGUCGGUUUGGUUCCCUGAUGUCAUUAAACAUCUGCAGUCUGACGAAUAUGCCCUGCUAACGAAAAACGUGCAGAAAGAUAAAUAUGCAAACUUCAGCAUCAACUUCACCAUGGAGAACCAGAUCCACACUGGAAUGGAGUAUGACAAUGGCAGAUUCCUCGGAGUCAAGUUCAAGUCCGUAACUUUCAAAGAUUCGGUGUUUAAGUCCUGCACCUUUGACGACGUGACCUCAGUCAACACCUACUUCAGGAACUGCACAUUUAUCGAUACCCUUUUUGAGAACACAGAUUUUGAGCCAUAUAAGUUCAUCGACAGCGAGUUUCAAAACUGCUCGUUUCUUCACAACAAGACGGGAUGCCAGAUUACUUUCGACGAUGACUAUAGCGCCUACUGGAUUUAUUUUGUCAACUUUCUUGGGACGUUGGCAGUGUUGCCAGGCAAUAUAGUGUCCGCUCUGCUGAUGGACAGAAUUGGGCGUUUAACAAUGCUAGGUGGCUCCAUGGUGCUCUCGGGGAUCAGCUGCUUCUUCCUGUGGUUUGGCACCAGUGAAUCAAUGAUGAUAGGCAUGCUGUGUCUGUACAAUGGGCUGACCAUCUCAGCGUGGAAUUCCCUCGACGUGGUCACUGUGGAACUGUAUCCCACAGACCGGAGAGCCACGGGCUUCGGCUUCUUGAAUGCGCUCUGUAAAGCGGCGGCGGUCCUGGGAAACCUAAUAUUCGGCUCCUUGGUCAGCAUUACCAAAGCCAUCCCCAUCCUGCUGGCUUCCACCGUGCUUGUGUGUGGCGGACUCGUGGGCUUGCGCCUGCCCGACACGCGAACCCAGGUUCUGAUGUGAAGGAGCCAAAAGCCAUCUCGUCCCACCAUGGGCCGGCCCUCCUGCCUGACUCAAGGCUGCAGGGGUUUUGUGUGUAGAAAGGCGGCCGAGUAGAAUACAAACUUUUGCUGUUGACGUAAAGAGUAGCUGCGUGCGUAUCGUCUUGCCCCUCCAAUGUGACUUUGCACUGUUUUAUUUUUUUUCCAGGCAUUGUUAUCUUUCCCUAACUGUGACACUCCUGCCUCCCCGUGUCCCGUGGAAGUGUUCCUAAAAUGUCCCAGUCAGCCAGGCUUUCCUGGGGAUUCUGACCACUGACACUGAGAAGCUAAAAAGCCUGUGCUGGCCUAAGAAAUAGACCCUGCCCCUGACAUGUCAUUAGCAGGAAGUUUAAGCUGGCAUAAUUGAGUUUGUGCUGAGGAAAGGGAUUUCUUUUUCCUUUUUUUUUUUCCAUACAGAAUGAUAUUUCCUGUUUACUUAGAAAAAAAGAACACCCAGACACUCUAGCUGUUACAGCAGGGUGUUUCAAAAACAUUGUGUGACACCAAGCAUGCCUGAGUGGGGCUCUUUCAGGCAGGACAAUCAAGGUGACUCUUCUAACAAGAAAAAUUUAAAGUCUGACUUCAGAUGGCAACAAAAGCCUGCUUGAGCUGCAGAAACCAGAUUUUAGAUGGGGAGCCCUGAUACAUGUGAGGGCUGCAGCCGCCACCGCAUCUGGGACUUGGCAGGUGGAUCUCAGUGUUUGAAGAUCAGAGAUCCUCUGCCCCUCUUUGCAUUCCUUCCCAAGCUGCCCCGGAAUUGGCCAGAAAGCAGAUGCAGGGAAAGAAAGCCACUUCUUAAAAAGUCACAUCUGCCUCUUCAAUUCUGUGACACUUCUCUCGUCUCUGGUCCAGUGAUUGGCAGUAGAAAUUAGAAACUGGCAAGAAAGUCACAACCAAAGCCAUUUGGAAAUGCCAAAGGGUAUUUCUCUCGGUACUGUUUCUUGAGAGUCAAAACUAUCCCCCUCCCUUGUUCGUCUAUCUGUCCACGGUCACUGUUUAACCCCAUCUCCACAGCAGGCCCUGCCCCUCCAGCUUUCCCCGGGCUAUGGGCACCCAGCCUUGUCGGAGCCCAGCCUUGUCUCUGGGUUUCCCCUUCUCUCCCAAGCAACCCUCUUUGAUUAGCAUAAGCCAUUAAUCCACUGUCCCCAGCGAGUAAGUCUGGCUUGGUGGAGGGGACAGCCUAGGGUUAAGAUGGGAAGUCUCAGAGAGUAGUUCCCUAGAUAGCAUCUUCUGAUGGAUGUCUGUCUGUUUACCUCUGGAAUCUUCAUGAGCGUGGAAGGACAGGUCAGCGGGACAUUCCCACGGGCCAGCUGUCAGCUAAAUGACCUUCUGGUCUCUCACUGACUGCCCCUCCCCCAAGCCCGUUCUUUCAUCCGUCUUUGAAAUCUGAAGGCUCCUUGUCGAUGCGAAGCCAGUAUACGUCCCAUAUUUAGAUGGCCUUCUCUCUUUAACUCCCUCUGUCUUGUUGGAGGGUGAUCCUUGUUGCUUCUUUCCUGCUAUUCCUGCAUGACCACAGCCCUGGGGCUUCCAGAAAAGAGAAAUUUUUGUUCCCACUAAUCAUUCUGUUCAAAGAUGGCCCUGCUCCCUGGAGGGGCCCCCUGUCUCCCCUCCCCUACCGCAUUCCCUGAUCCCUCCUGGAGCUCAAAUUCUGUGAAAAGCUCUUUGAUUAACAUAAGCCAUUAAUCCACUGUCCCCCAGUAAGUAAGUCUGGCUUGCUGGAGGGAGCAGCCUAUAGUUAAGAUGGGAAGUCUCAGAGAGUAGUUCCCUGGAGAUAAUUUAGAUACACGGAGCCAGGACACCAAGGAUAUCAGAACAAAAUCUGCAAAGGUGCCGGAAAAAGGAAAACCUUUAAGAUUAGGCAUGACUGCUUUGAAAGACACCCACAAAGCAGGGACCAGAACAGAACUCACUUCUGUUUCCUUUUCCAUCCCUGGGAAACAAAUACAUAUUUUAAAAAUCUCAGAAAGUAUUUUUCAAAUUAUUCGUUGUCUAUGUGGGUUCGAUCCCCCCUCCUAGUUACCCGUGAUUUGUCUUCUUUUAAAAAGGCGCGGGGAGGGGGCAUUUUUGGGACCCAGAGCAGAUCUUUUGGAUGAAUGUAGCCUGUAAAGACAAUGCUACGAAAGUAAAAUAUGAAUCUCUUCUCUUC